AUGAGCAGCACAUCGACGGUACAGGAUUUUACAGUCUACGUAGGCAAUGUAGCACCUGAAGUCUCGAAAGAGCUGAUAUAUGAGCUUUUCGUGCAAAUAUGCCCUCUGAAAAAGAUUCGAUAUCCUAAAGACAGAAUUCUAAACACUUACCAAGGGUUUGCGUUUGUGGAAUUCUACAGUACCGAUGACGCAGAAUAUGCCUGCAAAUGUUUGAAUAACAGUGUAAGAUUAUUUGGCAGAACGUUGAAGGUGCGAAAAGCGAAUGGCACAUCCAGUUCUGGCGUGGAUAGCGCCAGCCAGCAAAACGCGCUAGCUGUGGGGGCGAAGCUGUUCGUCAAAAAUGUUGAUGAACUUGUCGACGCACAGGGUUUGGCCAAGAUCUUUGCAAAGUUUGGACCCCUCGUUAAGGCUCCAGAGAUUUUUAGCUUGAAACAAUUGAGAUGUGCAUUUGUGUACUACACUACGUUCGAACACUCGGACAAAGCUCUCGCAAAACUUAACAACCAGAUGGUAAUGAAUAAAUGCAUAACCGUGGAUUAUGCACUUAAGGAUGGCAGUAAGAUCGAAAAGCACGGGGACGAAAUUGAAAGGCUGCUGGACGCAGAAGCAGCAAAGCACCAAAUAAAACUUGGAUCCUAA